GGCCGGGACGCAGCUGGGGAGUCAGGGACGCGCGCAGCCAGCCCUUCCCCCUCCGGCUCCCGCACCGCCGGCCGCCUCCCCUCGCCCUCCUCCUCCCUCCCUGCUCCUUCGCUUCUCCUCCUCCUCCUGCACGGCCCGGCUGCCAGCACCAUGUCCGCAGGGGGAGAUUUUGGGAACCCACUGAGAAAAUUCAAGUUGGUGUUCCUGGGGGAGCAGAGCGUCGGGAAGACGUCUCUGAUCACACGGUUCAUGUACGACAGCUUCGACAACACGUACCAGGCAACCAUUGGGAUUGACUUCUUGUCAAAAACUAUGUACUUGGAGGAUCGUACGGUGCGGCUGCAGCUCUGGGACACGGCCGGCCAGGAGAGGUUCCGCAGCCUGAUCCCCAGCUACAUCCGAGACUCCACAGUGGCCGUGGUGGUGUAUGACAUCACAAAUCUCAACUCCUUCCAGCAGACCUCGAAGUGGAUUGAUGACGUCAGGACAGAGAGGGGCAGCGAUGUCAUCAUCAUGCUGGUGGGCAACAAGACGGACCUGGCAGACAAGAGGCAGAUAACCAUCGAGGAGGGGGAGCAGCGCGCCAAAGAACUGAGCGUCAUGUUCAUCGAGACCAGCGCCAAGACUGGCUACAAUGUGAAGCAGCUCUUCCGACGUGUGGCGUCAGCUCUGCCUGGAAUGGAGAAUGUCCAGGAGAAAAGCAAAGAAGGGAUGAUCGACAUCAAGCUGGACAAACCCCAGGAACCCCCAGCCAGUGAGGGCGGCUGCUCCUGCUAAUGCAGCCUACCUGCCAGCUUCCCUUUGACACUACUCGCUUGUUGUGUUGCUUCCUAUUGGUUAGCUUCCUAAGGGGGGUGGGAAAUGAGCUUAUCAAGAUGGGAGGAUUUUUCUUUUCUCUCUGUCUCUAGGAGUAGGGUGGGGUGGGGAGGGAGGCUGGGCAUCAGGGAUCACGUCACUCUUAACAGCUGUUACUUAAACAACUAUUUUUUGGUUUGGUUGUAAUAUAUUGUACUUUAUUAAGAUUGCCAAAAACUGUUAAAAUUUAAAAAAAAUUUAAA